AUGACGCUGCGCCACUCCCGGCGCGACUCGGAUAACUGGUCUCUUGCCACACAUAGCGAGGCGCCCUCUCGCUCCUCAGCAGAGACGCACCAACAGGAAGAGAAAAGCUGGGCAAAAAAGGAGCAGCUGGAGUCCUGGGAGGCGUUCUUCCUAAGUCAGCGCGAGCGUGCGGAAGAGCUCGAGAAACCGUGGAACGAGGUUCACGACAUCCCCAGUGAAUCUCUUGCGAAGCUAGUUUGGCGGCAUCGAAACUUUACCGCAUUUGACCUCUUAGUUGAGGAAAGCAUCAAGAGUAGCUUUACUGUGGCGCGAACAGAAGAAUUCUUAGAGCCACCUCCUACAGAAGUGGAGAAGUGGGAGGUCUGGAGUUUCUAUUCUUACCUCUACGACCAGAUGCAGGAUGAAUUUGAGAAGAACCGUCUGAGGAAGUUCCCUGGUCAAAAAGAUGACGGAUAUCCCUACGGAUCCUCUUCCGACAUGAUAGAGGACACGCGCUUCAGAUAGAUCACAUUAAUACCAUAUGACUCACCCCUCCCUAUCAAGGUCUAGACUACAUAGAGAUCGCGCGAG